GACAAAUACUUUGGUUGAAGACAUACUGGAGUAUUUUGUAUUUGUAAUAUGGCCGGCAUCGGGAUGCACCCAUACCAACAGCAAUGGGCUCCAGCUCCACCUCCAGCUGCCGCACCACCACCUCCUCCGCCGCAUGCUCACACUCUUCCUCCUCCAAUGCCUUUCAAUGACCCUAAUUAUCCCCUUACCGAAGAGGUGCGAACUGUAUUCAUAUCUGGGCUGCCUGAGGACGUAAAGGAGAGAGAGCUCCAGAAUCUUCUUAGGUGGCUACCAGGUUAUGAAGCAUCUCAGGUUAAUUUCAAAGGCGAGCACCCCAUGGGUUUUGCGCUUUUCUCCAAUCAUCAGUUUGCGAUUGCAGCCAAAGACGCCCUUCAGGAUAUGGUUUUUGAUGCGGAGUCAAAAUCUGUACUGCACACUGAGAUGGCAAAGAAAAAUCUUUUUGUCAAAAGAGGAAUUGUUACCGAUGCAAAUGCUUAUGACCAGAGCAAACGGAUGCGAACCGUUGGUGAUUAUACACAUACGGGGUACUCCAGCCCCUCUCCUUUUCACCCUCCUCCUCCACCAGCAUGGGGUCCACCAGUUUACAUGGCCCCACCGCCUCAACCCUAUGACCCAUAUGGUGGUUAUCACGUUCCACCCGUGCCAAUGCAUGUUCCUGCUCCUGUGCAUGCAUCGCCAAGCAGCUAUGUGCCUGUUCAGAACAUGAAAGAUAACCCUCCUUGCAAUACACUCUUUAUUGGCAAUCUUGGAGAAAACAUAAUUGAGGAGGAAAUGAGGGGCCUUUUCACAGCGCAACCUGGUUUUAAGCAGAUGAAGAUAUUGAGACAGGACAGGCAUACUGUAUGUUUCAUCGAGUUUGAAGAUGUGCAGAGUGCUACCAAUGUGCACCAGACAUUGCAGGGUGCUGUAAUACCCAGUUCUGGCUCUGUUGGCAUGCGAAUUCAAUAUCCUUGCCCUAUCUAUCUCCCCCCUUGCCCCAACCCCAAAGUCCUUCCCAUAUUGAAUUCACUACUUACAUUUGGGAUUUUUGUCAAGAACUAUUGCACCCAUGGAGGGUUAACUUUGUUAGGCUCAUUAUGGGAGUAUGUUUGCAUGUGGAUGGCCAUGGUUUUCCUUAACUAUCUAGCUACAUAUUCAAAGAAUCCAUUUGGGAAAAGGAAGGACUUCAACAACAAUGCACCUGCUGCAAAUGGAGCUCCACCCAUGACAUACUAGUAGUGCUGGAAGGGGAUGUAUUUUGUUCUCUAUGUUAUGACAAAUUCAAAUCCUUGCAUGAUAGGAUGCAUCAAUCAUGUCAGAUGUUUCAUGUCAUCAAGUCAUCAGCAUAAGCAUCUCUUCUUAUUUGUGAAUGAAUGCACCACGUGGCAUCAUGAACAUUUUAUAAUUUAUCCAGAGCAUGCAUUUGAAGCAGUGGCAUCCUGAGAAAAAGCUAACUACAUUGACUUCAUGUUUUUUGUUUACAUAUCAUGGGCACAUGUAUCACUUUGCUUUUAAUACUCUAUGAUGCUAGAUGUCAUGGAUGCUUCUUUGUUAGCUAUUGCUGUCUUUCAUAACAUUUUUUCAUGUCCACUUUCUAGUUUGGUCGGACAAGUAACAUGUUAUUCCAUAAUUCCCUCAAAACGAUUCUACUGAAGCAUUAUUAACAUAACAUGGCACAAUUUGAGUAGAAACUCACACCACUAUGUUUGACCAAUAGAGUUAUAUUAUUUCUACCAUGAUUGAUUACCUCGGAAGUUAUCAUCUGCAUGAUUAUGAUUAGCAACUGUCUAGAAACCUUUAUCAUGGUCAUCAUCAGCAAAUGAGUUGCAUUUCUAUCCCAUUAAGUUCAUUGAUAGGGUUGGUUCUAUUUACCACCAUUGGUUCAAAUAUAAGGGGCUGGAGAGAAUCUCUAGUUAAUGUUUGUUUUGCAGGUUCUGUUCACUAUCUUCAGCCGAGCCAGCAAAGCAAAUUCUUCCAUCAGGUAUAUCAAUUUUCUCGUUUUUUCUUUGAUGGAAUUAGGCUAGUUUUCAUUGGGUUUGUUUUUAGGGUAAAGUUUUUCUCCAAUGCUGUCGUCUAAUAAAUUUUUGUUCAGACGUAUCAUCCUCUAAUUAGAAAAUGUUUUUAGAGGGACAUUAUGUGCCACGUUUUAACUUCAAAUUAGGUGGACAGUCAACACUGGCUAUGUGCUAGUGGAAUUUGACAAUAACUGCUCAGUGUUUUU